CUCCCUCUUUCUGCUUUCUCUCUCUCCCUCUCUCUCUCCUCUCUGCUCAGACCAUCCACAGUUUUGUCUGGCUCCUCUCGCUGUCACAGAGGCAUACCUGGCCGUGCGCGCUCUCCGGCCAACCCACACACGGGGGAGGGGGUUUUCUUCGACUCUGACACAUCCCAGAAGGCACGGCGUGAGUCUCCACACAAACUUGGCACACGAGCACGAACUGGCUUGAAAGUGAACUGAACUCACCGCAAAAGGAAUAAUCUUUAAUCCCACUCUGCGCGCUGAGGAUAUUUACGUCCACCUUGACUCCUGUUUACAAGAAUGGCGAGAGAUUACACCGCGCGUUGGUCGGUCGGUGCAACCCGGAGGGGCGCAGAGCUGCUAUCUGUGUCGGCUACCCUCCUCCUCCUCUUCUUCCUCCUCCUCCUCGCAGAUCAAGGUGCAGUGGCUCAGAAGGUGCGGGUGGAGGAGGAGCUGGAGGCCUAUCCCACAGAGUCAGUGGAUCUGCGCUGUCAGUUCAUCGACGGAGGAGGCAAGACCAAGCUCACACAGGUGUCCUGGAUUUGGGAGCCCAUAGAUGGACAGCGGGACAACAUCGCGGUGUACCAUCCCAUGUACGGCCAGAGUUUUCCAAACCCGGAGUUCAAGGACCGAGUGGUGUUUCUGCACAACAGCCUCGAGAACCCCUCCAUCCGCAUCUCCGACCUCAAGAUGGCCGACGCCGGACGCUACACCUGUGAAUACGCCACCUACCCCACGGGCAACGAGCAGGGCACCACCACUCUCAUCAUGCUGGCCAAACCGAAGAACGCAGCCCGGGUGGUGACAGUUCAGACGGGUUCCAAAGCCGUGGUGGUGGCUCGUUGCGAGGCCGUGGAGGGGAAGCCCGCCGCCAGUAUCCGGUGGCUGGGCUCAGUGGGGGGUAACCACUCCACCAGCAGCACCAGCGGACCGGACGGGACAGUGACAGUGAGGAGCGAGUACAGACUGGUCCCUACGCCUGCAGACAACGGGAGAGAGCUCACCUGUCUCGUGGACCAGAGGACCCAAGACCAAACCUGGGUCUACCCCAUCAAACUGUCUGUGGAAUACCCUCCUUCAGUGUCCAUCGAAGGCUACGACCACAACUGGUACAUGGGCCGAUCGGACGCCACGCUCAUGUGUCUCGCCAACGCUAACCCCGCCCCCACCACGGUCACAUGGACAUCCGUCUCCGGUCCGUUACCCGACUCAGUGGUGGUGGACGGGAACAAGCUAACCGUGCGUAAAGUGGACGACGCGGUCAACACCACGUUUGUCUGCGAGGUCAAGAACAAGCUCGGGUCAACCAAGAACCAGAUCACCACCAUCGUCAUCGAAUCCCUCGAGGACCAAUCCAGCGCAGGCGUGGUGGCGGGGGCGGUCAUCGGCUCCCUCCUCGCGCUCCUAUUGGUCAUCGCCCUGGUCGCCGUGCUCCUGACCCGUAGCCGCCGGCAACAGAGACGAGGGUAUCCGAGCAGCGGGGACUCCAUAGCGACCGGAAGCGGCGGCAGCAACGGCGGAGAUUACGGCAACAAAGCGAGACUCCUUUUCAGCCAAUCGGGCAGCGGGGGUAGCAAUAAAAACGGUACGGGGAAUAAUAACGGACCUAUGUACACGUACAGAGAGGGCUGCGAUGCUACGGGAACGCUAACCGAAAACCACCAUCACCUUCAUCACCACGUACCCCCAAAUCCCACCAAUAUUCUCCUAACCAAUGAGAUGGAAGAAGCGGAGAGGAGGAAGUUCGCACUGGAUGACAGCAUGGACGAAGAGGAGCAAUUCGAUAGGUUCGGAGGCAUGCGGGGGGGCGGGACCUCGAUGCAACCGGCCUAUCCCAUCGCUCACAGGGGGCGUAAUGAGGAAGAGGAGUUGGAUGUCUACCUCGAUGACGAUAUGGAGUCGCAAAGAGAUGGUUCAGUGAUAUCACGGACUGCGAUUUACGUCUGAGCGGAUUUGGAAAAUGGAGGAAUGUAGAUAUAGGAUACAAGACUUGAAAAGUGCACGAAAUGAGGCGCCGGAUUUGUCACCAUUGGCUACAAGCUCAAUAAUCAACAAACUUAGCAUCGAUAUGUGUAGCCUCAUCUUAUCAGGAGAGUGACUAAAGCUAAAGGGAAUGUUUUGUGAUGUAACCGUGCUGUAUCAUUGGGAUGGGUAUAAUCGUCGUCAGGCAAAAGGUUUAAAUAAAUUUAAAAAAUCAAAGCAAUUCAAGAGAACUGUCGCCGCUUACGCUACAUCGUCGUCUUUUUCUGCUUUCGCGAUCUGUGACAACGUGCGGAGUAUCGUUUCGUAUUUUGUAUUGAACUGUACAAAUCCAAUCGCCAAUCGUAUUCGGGAAAACGGCCUUCAUCGGACUUGUGUCACGUCAUGGCGCCCUCUUGUGGACUACCGUUUGUUCUACUUCAUCGGACCGCAUCCAUUCGCAUCGCUUUGGAAAAAAACACUUGAAAAACUGCGUUCGACUCCGCAAAUAACGUGGAGAUUUGCAUUUUAUCAUGGACUUUGCAGGUUUGGGGACAGAAAUGUACUGUUUAUAUUUGCCCAUUCCGAGUCGUUGUUUGCUCCUCCCCCCUCCACCUGGAUUUCCCAUUGAGUUGUUGAUGAAGCAGAGACAGAGGGAUGGUAGGGGGGCAGUUACAUCGCGGGCUUAACAGUGUGUUCUAAUGUGUGGUUGGCUGUGACUGAAAUGAACCAUAACGUAUAUCGGCGCGGACUCUCUCUUGUUUCUCUAUAGCACAGUUUGAUGUUAUUGUCGAGUAUUCGUAGCUGUUUUUCUCGUUGUUGUGUAAUGGUGUUGAUCUAAACAAAAGCCGCACCAGGAGCCUUGGGGAGUUGCACACGGCUUCCCUAAUGAUUCAAGAUGUUCUUUACUUUGUUUUAUCCCAACUUUCCUCGCAGCGUUAUAUAUUUUUGUAUUUUAUUUUUGUUCCACAAUGCAAGAAGGGAAUAUCCAAACGGGUGGCAAUUAUGAGGUGCCCUAUGAGAGUCUGCCACCUGCCUGUCUCCAUGGGGAUGUUAUUGCUUCGCCUGGAAUGCUGCACAGUGCGGCUUUAAACGUAUCUCGAGCAGGUGGUGGAAUCAGAACCCAGCGAUUGAGGUUAAAAAAGUACGGCUGCAUUUCAGACAAACCAACAGCGGUGGACGGUAAUGAAGUACAAGUAGUAAAGUACCGUACUUAAGUAGAGUUUUUAGGUGUCUGUACUUUGCUAAACAAAAUUUUACACUGGAUACUUUUUACUUUUACUUCACUACAUUUGAGAGCAGGUAUCUGUGCUUUCUACUCCACUACAUUUUUUAACUGAACUGCAAAGUAAAAAGUACUUUUCAUAUGAUUUGAGGGGUUAUUUUUACCAUGUUCGUGGUAAAGUCCUGACUAAAGUUUUGGCGUUCAAGCUUCGCCUUCGAGUAAACAAAAAUAAAUACAUACAAUUCAUACAAAAAUGAAGAAAUUGAUUUGGAUCGUUACUGUUGACCAAAAUAUGUAUCAUUUUUCAUUAAUAUCACUACAUUUACUACUACACACUUUACAAAUUAACAGCAUUUGUGUGAAAUACUUUUACUCUUUACUCUUAAACAGGCACUUAAAUACUUUUACUUAAGCAGACUUUUUCAUGUGAUACUGUUACUUUUACUUGAGUAAUUUUUACCUCUGUACCUGUACUUUUCUUUAAGUAACAAACCUGAGUACUUCAUCCACCCCUGCAAACCAAUAACAUCUCCAUGGUGACAAGCAAGUGGCAGACCCUCCGCCAGAAAAGUUACAUAAUGUACCUUUAAUCUUAAUUUGGGGAGGCAUGGCAGUCCAGAUGUACUUAUUUGAUGGAUAUAUGAAAAAUUUCACCUGUUUUGAGAUGUUUCUGACGUUAAGUUGAAGAAAAAAAACACAUCCCCCCUCUUUUAUUCACACAAACAUUCAGAGUAUUAAUCAAAAAGAGAGAGAGAAAAAAAUGGAGAAUUUUUCAAAAAGGAGUUGUCUGUUUAUGCUAAUUAAAUCUUAUAUUUAUUUCAAAUAGGGUAGAAUUAUUAUAAUUUAUUUUUCAUUUAUUACAGUCUACACCUAUAAUUGGCAAAUGUAUUUUUCUUAUUUCAAACUUUAAUUAUUGUGGAACCAGAUGGGAAUGUAAUAAAAUAAGUUAAAUAAGCUAUAGUUUGUCAUAAUCAGUGAACGCUAACUUAGUCAAAACUUUUCAAAUAAAGAUUAAUAUUCCAAAUUUAAGUCAGAUUAACCAUAAACAUUCAUCUUUUCCCAGUGAUACACACACGUUGCAUUCGCUGCUUUUAUCAUGGGCAGUUUCGUGCACAGUUUAUGUGGUAUCACUGGUGCAUUCAAGCUCCAAUCUGGGUCAAAUGCAACAAGAGGAAAGAGAAUUGUUGAAAAGCUGUUGUUGUGUUUUGAACUGCUCAUUUUCCCCGUGUCCCUGAGAAAGAUUCAGGCUAUGGAUCAGAUUAUAGCACUGAACAAGUCAAAUGCGUAGGUGUAAUCGCAAAAACUGAAUUCAAGUUGCAAUAGUGCUGUAUGGAAAUAAUACAGUGGCAGAGAGAUUAGUUUUCCUGCCCUAGAGCAAAGACCUCGUGGGUUUAAUUGUCUACAAACUGGGCCGUGUAGUAGACUUCACCGCAAACACUAAUUAAAACACUGUAUCUUUGGCUACACUGUAUCUAACUGUAGCUUUGGAUAUUUACUCGCUAAAUUGGACUUGUUUAAAGGUCUUUCUGCCUUUUAAUACAGCCUCAAAAUUGUCAGUCUCUGGGGCGAGAAAAAGAUAUCAUGAAUUAUUAUAUUAAUCCAACCAUCUAGAUGUUUUUGAGAUGUUUUUAGACUUUUAAUUGGAGUUUGUAAAGACUUUGUUAUGGAUCACUAUUGCCUUAUUCAGUCCCUGCCAUAUAAAUGUUUGCAAACUUUACCCUGCAUUUUAGUACAGGUAAAUCUAGUAAAUUAUUUCAUUUGGAACAACGUGAUAUUCCUGAUAACCAGUUUAAUUUGAACAUUGUGUCAAAGAAUGUAACACUGUGUGAAUGGAGACAGCAUUUUAAAUAAAGUGUAUAAGUGUCAACAAG